AUGUCAAAGCUGUCCAGAAAAAAGAGAGUAAAAGAGAAAAUUAAAAGUAUUAGAACACCAGAAUCCUUAAAGAGAUUAGCCCAGGGACUCCAGUUAAAGGACCAGAGCAAGUCUCCAGUCUUGGUCAAACAGGAAACACCAAAGACAUCUGUUGAAGUUAAACUAAAGAAGCGAAUUAUGCUUAAGAAUAUAGUAGGAGAUAAGAUCCUUAAACAGGAGAGAACCUCCACCCCAGUGAGUGAGGAGGAUGGCUCUGAAAGUGAGGAUGGCAGGAGGCGAAGAGGGAGAAGAAGAGGUCACAGCAGUGAGUCCACCUCUUCCAUUGAUGAAUCACAGCUCUCUCCAGUUAAAAUGCCGCAGGGUAUUCAAGUUGAUCAUGAAGCAUCAGUAGAUUACUUGAAUCUUGAUUCUGUGUUACAGAAAGUACCUGAUAACAUGGCAAGUGAUAAGAUACCCAUUGUCAUUAUGUCAAAUUCUGAUCAAGAAGACAAACCUUCCAAAGCAAUGCCAAAGAGUCGCAAAUCUCGGAACUUUCUUGAAGAUAAAGCCAAAACCCGAGCUUUCAUGAAAUUGGCUUCAUCAUCCAGUGAAAACUCUCUGGAGAGCAAGGAGGAACUUAUGACUUGUAUAGAAGACAAAGAAACCACAGAAAUGGCAGGUUCAUGUUCACAAAAAAAUGUCAAAACAGAAACAGUAACAUCAAAGAGUAAAGAGACAAGGAGCAUGGAUUCCAAAUUAGAUUCAAGAGAUAGUAAAGAGUCAGAGGUUAGUGAAGGAAGCAAACAUCUACUGAAAUCUAAUGAGGCAUUUAAACUUAGCACUUCACUCCCAGUGAAAGGCGAGAAGGAACAAGCCGCAAAGGGAUCCCCUUUGAUGGUUAGAGUAUCAGAUAUUAUUUCAUUUACUAUGGCAAGCAAAAGUCAGAAGCCAAGUUUGGCUGGUGGAAAAUUCAAUAUUAGAAUGCAGAAUACUGAAUUAAGUUCCUUGACUGGUAGAGUCAAGACUGCUGAAUCGGGAUCAAGUAUGAAAACCAUCCUGCUUAAGGGAGAUAAAGCUAGUGUUCUACCCAAAGCUUUUAUCAAAGUCGGUGAGAUAUCUGGACAAGAUCAUUUUCUCAUUCCCGGUAAUUCCCUGGGUCAAAAGUAUCCAGUAAUAGAUUACACAGACAUUGAAACUCAAGAAGUGGUGGUUGGAGGAGAGCUGGAAGAUCCAAGUUCUCAAUCAAUGAUGGUUGGUCAUCUUCCAGAGGAGAUGGAUUUGAUGGCAAAUGAAGAGCUAGGAUCCAGUAGUGAAGAGGAGAGAACAAAGUCUCCUGAACCCCAGUGUUCUACAAAGAAAGAAGCUCUCUCCCCAGAAGGAAAGGUAGCUUUAGAUCACUCUUAUUCAUCAGGUAGUAGUGAAGGAGGGAAGGUGGUCAGCACCUCUAAAAAAGAAGUCAUUGCCAGCUUCAUGUGA